AUACAUGUAAUUUAGAUAGAUAUAGUAUUGCUUAUUUUUUUCACGCUGGUGCUGAUGUUAAAUUAGAUAAUAUUCCUUCAAAAUUAAUUCCUCAAGAUGAUAAUAAUACAAAAUGCAUUACUGCUGGUGAACAUCUGCAAAAUAAACUAGAUGUUACAUAUAGAAAAAUUUAUUAA